AUGGAAGUAUCCAUCAGUGCUUACCUAGAGCCCAAUGAGAAACAGAGGCUCAUCGAACUAUUGCUAGAGUUCAAGGAUUGCUUCGCGGAGAAGUAUGAGGACAUGCCCGGCCUGUCACCAGACUUGGUUUGUCAUCAGUUACCAACUCUUGCUGACAAGAGGCCCGUCAAGCAAGAACCUCGACGAAUGAACGCGGAGACCCAGAUUCUGGUAAAGGAAGAGGUAGAAAAAAUGCAUAAGUCAGUCGCGGAUAUGUUGGUAGAUGCUGUGGCAGGCCAUGAAUUGCUAUCCUUCAUUGACGGUACUGCAGGGUACCACCAAAUUCCAGUCGCUGAAGAAGACAGACACAAGACUGCUUUCCGCUGCCCUGGUUUUGCGGGAGUUUUCGAAUAUGUGGUCAUGCCGUUUGGCCUGAAGAACGCCGGUGCGACGUAUCAGCGAGCCAUGAAUCUGAUUUUCCACGACAUACUUGGGAAAGUUUUAGAGAUAUACAUUGACGACGUAGUCGUCAAGUCCCAGCAGAAAAGGAAUCACAUCGCGGAUCUCAGGAAAGUGUUUGAGCGCAUGCGCCGACAUAAACUCAAGAUGAACCCGGCUAAGUGUGUGUUUGGGGUUCAAGCAGGGGACUUUCUGGGGUUUAUAGUCCACCAGCGAGGAAUUGAGGUCCCUGAGGACAAGGCCAGCGCAGUCAUUAAUGCAUCUCCCCCACGGACGAAGAAGGAAUUACAGCGUCUUUUGGGUAAGAUUAAUUUUCUAAGGCGUUUCAUCUCUAAUUCUGCAGGGAAAGUCCAGCCCUUCUCACCUUUGCUGAGACUACAAGGACAGAAUGAACUUUUGUGGGAAUCCAAGCAUCAAGAGGCUUUCGAUAGUAUUAAGGCCUAUCUGGCCAAUCCACCAGUCUUGGUUCCACCUAGAACCGAGGUCCCGUUAAAACUAUACAUCUCGGCAGCCGACGCCUCCAUUGGUAGCCUGCUCGCUCAGGACGAUGAGGACGGUGUCGAGCACGCUAUAUUUUAUCUCAGCCGCGUACUAACAGAUUGUGAGACAAGGUACACCCCUAUGGAAAAGCUGUGCUUAACCCUAUACUUUUCGGCGUGCAAGUUACGACAUUAUAUGUUAUCCUUUACUACUUGCAUCAUCGCUCAGACCGAUUUGGUCAAGUACAUGUUGUCCCGGCCUAUCUUGCGAGGCCGCAUUGGCAAAUGGGUAUUCGCACUUUCAGAGUUCUCGCUCCAGUAUGUACCCCAGAAGGCGGUCAAAGGGCAGGCUAUCGCAGAUUUUCUAGCGCAUCAUCCUCCGCUAGAACUACCCGUACUGACAGAGUUGGAAAUUGCUGGCAACACCGCGACUCGACCAGAUGAAGCAUGCAUCCCGGAAUACGAGGUCUGGUAUCAGGCUACGAUCUCUUUACAGCCCUGGGUAUUAUUUUUUGAUGGCUCAAGAACGGACACUAUGGCUGGCGCGGGGAUUGUUUUGGAAAACCCGGCAGGUGAUCAUUUCUCUUAUUCUUUCCAGCUCACGUUCCAAUGUACUAAUAAUCAGGAUGAAUAUGAAGCUCUUAUCAUUGGACUCGAAGUCUUGUUGGAAAUGGGUGUCCAGGACGUUCAGAUUCGCGGCGAUUCUCAGCUCGUCAUCAAUCAACUUCUGGAGAAAUAUCGUUGUACGAGUUGGCUGCUCAUCCCAUACUUGAAUCGCGCCAUUGAGCUUCUGGACCAAUUUACAGACGUCGAUAUGGAACAUAUACCACGUGAACGUAACUUUGCUGCUAAUGAGCUAGCUCAGUUGGCUACAGGCAUUACUUUGAAGUAUGGGGUGCGCGAGCGCAUUCUGAAAGUUGAGCGUCGCACACUACCUUCGUGGCUGGCUCGACCUGAUCCUCCAGAUGACCCAAUGGUCGCGGUAUUGGAGCCCAUUGAUGUCGAUUGGCGGAUCCCGCUAAUUGAAUACCUCAAACAACCAAAUUCCAGCGCUAAUCGGAAGAUUCGUUUCCUUGCAUUGAAUUACUUCUUUAGAGGUGAUGAACUGCGCAGGCGUGGAGAAGAUGGUAUAGACUUUCGAUGUGUCUACGGUCGCGAAGCUAAGAGACUGAUGCGCGAGGUGCACACGGGGAUAUGUGGAUCUCAUCAAGCUGGACCUAAGAUGCGUUGGCUCAUUCGACGACAUGGUUAUUAUUGGCCCAGCAUUUUGAAGGAUUGUAUUGCAUUCGCCAAAGGCUGUGCGGACUGUCAAGCCCACGGUCCUGUCCAGCAUGUCCCUAACAUUCCUAUGCAGCCCAUCAUUAAACCCUGGCCUGCGCGAGGCUGGGCACUGGAUUUGAUUGGGAUGAUUCACCCGCAUUCUUCCCUACAGCACAAGUUUCUCAUCGUCGCCACUGAUUACUUCACGAAAUGGGUUGAAGCAGAGCCUCUGAAGGAGGCCUCCGGGGCUACUAUUCGCCAGUUUAUUUUCCGUAAUAUUCUUUGCAGGUUUGGUAUCCCGGAAGUGCUGGUGUCGGACCGGGGGGCAGCGUUCAUGGGAGGCCCUGUUGAAGAGCUGGUUACUGAUUUUGGCAUUCAAUUCACACAUAGUACUCCGUACUAUGCUCAAUCUAAUGGUCAGGCGGAAGCGAGUAACAAGACAAUCAUCACCUUACUAAAGAAGAUGUUGGUGGAGAAUCCUCGACAGUGGCAUGAUACUUUGUACGAGACACUUUGGGCCUAUCGCACUUCUAAACGUAAUCCCACCGCCACGACGCCGUACGCGCUUAUGUUUGGACAUGACGCCGUCUUACCAUUAGAAAUUAAUUUCUUGGUGGAAGCUGAGCUAAAUAGUUUGGCCACUGUUGUUCUGUUUGGGCUUGGUUUCUGCAGCUUCUUCACCUCAACAGAAGCACACAUGUUCUGGUGGCUUUAUAGAAGUCCUAACAGAGUUGAGGAUCCCUCGAAGCCAUGGCCAAUUAUUCUCUGGCUCCAAGGUGGACCUGGAGCUUCAGGAGUUGGGAUUGGGAACUUCGAAGAGGUUGGGCCAUUGGACACCAAUUUGAAGCCAAGGAAUUCAACGUGGUUGCAAAAGGCAGAUCUUUUAUUUGUGGAUAACCCAGUUGGAACCGGAUUCAGUUUUGUGGAGGACAACGCUCUGUUUGUGAAAAAUGAUGUGGAGGCAGCCACUGAUUUGACAACACUACUGAAAGAGCUAUUCAACAGAAAUGAGAGCCUCCAGAAGAGUCCUCUGUUCAUUGUGGCAGAGUCUUAUGGAGGCAAAUUUGCAGCGACUCUUGGACUUUCAGCUAUAAAAGCCAUUGAAGAAGGAACACUAAAGCUUAGACUUGGAGGUAAAUAGUAACUAAUUAAUUUUUUGCUUUCAUGGGGUCCUCUUCUCAAAGACGUUUCAAGGAUUGAUGAUGAUGGCUUGGAGAAAUCAAACAGUGUGGCUCAGCUGAUCAAGCAGCAGAUUAAGGAUGGGAAAUUAGAAGAUGCAACUAAUUCAUGGAGUCACCUUGAGAACCUCAUUAGCGCCGGGAGUAACGACGUGGAUUUCUAUAAUUUCCUAUUGGAUUUCUAUAAUUUCCUAUAUACAAGAUAUCUAAAUUCCUUGAGGCAGUCUUCAUUAGCACCAGGUGGUAAUGGAGAUCUUGACACAUUGUUGAAUGGUGUCAUUAAAAGGAAGCUUAAGAUUAUCCCAAACAAUGUGACUUGGGGAAUGCAGUCCGACAAUGUGUUCGAAGCUAUGACCGGAGACUUCAUGAGACCCAGAAUUGAUGAGGUAACAAUAUGAUUAAUUGGCACCUUCUCAUGAGGAUGAAGAUUCCAAAAGGAGGCCAAUUGGAUCCCAUUGCGCCUCUUGAGCUACCCCAUUCUUUGCAUGCCUUUGGCCGUGUCUCUGACACAAAUGAGCUGAACAUGGAGGGCUUCCACACAUUUCGUGGGGGAUUUUGGAAUUACUUCAGUAUGGGAACGUAUGCUUCUCUAUGUCGCUCUUUUGGCCCUUGGUUUCUCUUCCUAUCUGGGUAACAACCUUGGUGCCAUAAUCCAUGUUCAUGGCAGCUUCAACUUUUCUGCUCUUCUAGCGUUGAAAUAUUCUCCUUGAUAGCAGUUUUGAAAUAAAGUUUCUGUGUGGAAAUUUGAUAGAAUGGAUUGAACUUUCAAAGGGAGUUUCUUUUGACUGAUUUCAUGUGCAAUAAAUAUGUUCAGGAGGAAGGAUUUGCUGGAACAAGGCGUCAUGUGGGUGCCUCAUGCUUAUUGAGGAAGAACUUGAAAAUCUCAGUCUACAUCCAAGCUGUGCUCCAGCAUCAGAGGAGGGGCAACCUAAGGACAUAUUCGAUGAAUGAAACACUUCACUUGUGAAACAAAAAGUUCAAAAAUAAGAAGGCACUGAACCCAAUCAUCGACUAUUUUGCCUUGCAGGGACUAACCCAAUCUGGAUCAAUUUUGAGUGAUAUUGGUGGGAUUUCAGGUAUUUGUAGUGGGCGGUAAAGGAUCGUAAAGGGUAUAUCCAACAACAACUUGACGAGGUCCGCAUUGAAGUAGCCGACUACUUACAGACUCUGUUGUAGGUUCUGACCAGUUUCUUGAUUUUGAGUUAGUUUUAACUAACUUUUUUGUAGCAAUUAUGAACAAACAAGAAUACUAACUGCUAGGCUAGCCUUGUAGUAUAUAGGUGCAUAUAUGAAUUGGGGUUUUAUUUUGCCCAUUUUGUAAACUGUUAAGGAUGAUGAAUGUCGGAUAUAAUACCCCAAUUUGCAAUUUAUAAUCACAGUUCUAUUUUGUGGACAGAA